AUAUAUGUGUGUGGGGUUUGGAAAGCUAGUUGCCCCGCAUCCUCGGAAAAAAGAAAGCUUUCCGCCUAUGCAACGAACUACAUCUUUUCUCAGCAAUAUUGGCAUGAAAGAAAUACAUGUUUAUACCAAUGAUAGGACGUAUUGAAAGUAUAUUUUUGUGUCGGAUGAGAAUUCAUUAUGAGUUGGUUCACAAUAAUUCAGUAUGUAUCAGCACAACUUGGGACAAGGAAAUAGACCAAAUAGAAGAUAGACAAGUGUGGUUCUUGUGUGCUCUUUAAGUUUGCCCCAAGCUGUGCUUUUACAUAUUGAAUUGCGUGAAAUGCAGUGUGUAAAAAAAAAAAGAAAAAGAGAUGUUAUAGUCUUCGUGUGAUGUAGUACCAGGGGUGCAGAUCCAGGAAAGCAUCAGUAGAGACGCCUGCCGUGGUGGCGUAGUCACAACGACAGGUCACCUUUCCAAGCCUGUGUCCAUUCGUUCCUCUGUGAAGUGAGGUUGUCCCUUGUCGGCAUUACUUUCUGCCCUUUACUUAGAACCACUAUGUUUAACCUAAUUAACUGUAGUAAUAUUCAUGGUUUCAGCAUUUACGGAACAGAGUAAAAGUUCUGGCGUGUGCAGACGACCUCGCUUUCUUUUGUACUGACAAGUCCAUUACCAGAACUGUGGUGUCCAAGAUAGAGGAAUUCGGCACAUCUCUGGUGCACAAAUGAACUGUGGUAAAUGUUUGGGGCUGUGGUUUGGCUCAUGGAUCUCUAAGCCGACACAGUUUGCUGGUACUGAAAGGUCUUGUGAGCCACUAAAAUACCUGAGUGUUCCAUUGGAUGCAUAUAUUUACCCGCAUAAUUUGCGCGCCCCUAAUAUUUAGCCAGCUUUACAAAAAAAUUUUUUUUUUUUUACUCGUAUAUUUUGAGUUCCCCAUCCUGCGCAAGCCAGCUUGCAUGCGCGGGCGCGCACGCGGAGACUUUGGACGGCCGCGCCCCUUGCCGCGGAGACAAGCACAGUUGUACAUAAGACAAGCUGCGAGUGCGAAGUCCCUUCUUCUGAAAACUUCGUUCUUUUCUCCGGAAGCCCCCAAACUACGGUCCGUAGAAUAAGUUGGUUCUUUAUUCUAUGAUAUUAUAUUCAAGGGACCGUAUCCGAACAUGCGAACCUGAUCACGGGGUGUCGGAACUGCUUGACCGUUUUCCUCCCUCUAUCUGUGCUUCUCUCUCCAUGUGAAUAACCUACCUACUGCAAGAGUGAGCGAGAAAGGCGUCUCGUCCAUUCCUGUAAAGACAGCCGGCUGUGAAAAGCAACACUGCACAGUUAUGCUUGCCGUGACAGCUGAUGGCCGAAAACUACCGUCGUUCGUAAUCUUCAAGCGGGAGACAAUGCCGAAAUUGAAGGUUGAAGGCCGUAUUUACAUGCGCGCCCAAGAACAAGGCUGGAUGAAUGAAGAACUGAUGGACGACUUGCUCGACACUGACUGGGGUAAGCGACCAUGCAGGCGCCUUACCGCGACUGCCAUCGCUGCUGGUGUGCUUGACAGUUUCAAAGGCCAUUUCGUGGACAGCGUAAAGGAGAAGUUGCAGAACAUGAGGACCAACCUGGCUAUUAUCCCGAGCGGACUAACAUCUGUUCUGCAGCCCUUGGAUGUCUCCGUAAAUAAACCCUUCAAGGACUACGUGCGCAAGAUAUGUACGUGGAAUGGAUGGCCAGCGGAGAGCAUGGGCUCACUCCCACUGGCAGAAUAAAGAGACCGCCACUAGAGACGGUCUGCAAGUGGAUACUCACAGCGUGGGACCUGGUUUCUUCCAGUAUUGUCGAGAAGAGCUUCAAGAAGAUGGGGUGGCUGUCGAACGCACUCGACAGAACCGAGGACGAUGUGCUUUGGGAGGGCGGUGACGGCGGCUGCGACAAUGAUUCCCAGUAGGACCUCCCGACCAGUGGUUCCGACUAGAGCAUGCAUGACUGGAUCUGGCUGGUCAAAUUACAUGCUAAUUCUGUUAAAUAAACAAGUACCCUUCGCUUAAUUGUGCUAUAACUUAUUUUCUUUUUAAUGUGUAUACCGCGCGCGUUACUACAUAUUGCACGUUAUUUCGGAUGUGUUCGCGAAGUCUCCGCGUAAUUUGUGCAACCCCUUUUUGGAGCUCUAAAAUUGUCAAAAAAAGUGUGCAAAUUAUGCGAGGAAAUACAGUAAGUUAAGUACAUAUUACUAGAGAAAAUGGGCACCAACCCUAAGGCGUUAUGACCAAACAUUCGUACUGCAUAACCUCUGAAUAUUUGGCAGAGCUACAGUGUGCAACAAAGCUCUUCCAUGUGCUACAAAUAAUCCGUUGUUCAAGAGUUUACAUUCAGCGGUUUCACUGAAUCUUUGCAACCUUUAUUUUUUCAUCAGUUUGUGCACCAAUGAGGCGGCGUGCCAAUGUUUUCAGACCAGUUAAUUCAGGUGGACUUGGCCUGGUUCACCUUUAUGUAGCGUGUCUCAUUUCUUACUCUUUUGAGACUGUUCCUGCCCAUUACUUCAGGCAUUCUUGCAAGUUAAUCUCGUGAAUAUUUUACCAAAUUUAGUAAUUUCAGCAAAUUUUGCUUUAUGUCCAUAUCUACAGGGAUUCAUGCAUGAUGAAGUGCACCUCUCAGUGUGCUUUCUGGUAGUGAGCUUCUCAAAUGUAUACUUAUUCUCAAAGAUCUAAUUGAUAUGCUUGUUGAACAUUCGUUAUACUGAUUUCUGUACGUCGGAUUACCUGGACAUGAUGUGCUUGCGCAAGUCUGUAAAAUGCCUAUUUCUCCACACUCCAACACAUUCGUCAACAGAGUGCAUACUGAAAUGCUACCUAUUAAAACCUGGUUAAGUAUAGAUAAGGCAUUUUUGGAUCUUUGAUUAACUGUUGUCUCUGUAUAUAAUGUACCAGAAACUAUAGAACACUGCUUUGUUGACUGCAUGUUGACUGCAAGGAUGCCAUAUUGUUUGGGGGGACAUUCCCUAAAGGACUUUUAAAAAGGAUCUUGAUUUAAAUCCUCAUAUGAUAAGAUAUCGUAUGCCACCUAAAUGUGAAGUUGUCCUUUUUGACUACUUAUGGCAUUGCACAGUUUAUGGAAAACUCGCCUGUUAGAUUGGAAUGCAGAACCAAUUGUAUCUUAAUUCGCAGUCACAUUUCAUUCGGGUUUCACUUCUGAAAGACUUUUACGACCGAAGAGUUUUCCAACGAGAUAUCCGUGCAAUAUCCUUUUGCCUCCCUUUUAGAGAACUGUUUACUGUAAUAAUUGUGCUGUGAAGUGUUUGUCUUGGUCUUGUAGGUGUGCACAUGGCUAUGACUGUUCUGGCGGCUAUGUAAAUACCUUCUGCAAGUACUUAUAUUCAUAAUAAAUACCAUGAAAGAAAAGAGAGAGAGAGAGAAAAAAAAUGCCAGGGUGGCGUAGUGGCCAACGCGUUGCACUAAGUCCAAGGGCGCGGGAUCGUAUCCCGGGUGUGGUGACUGCACUUCAAUGGGGGUGAAAUGCCGAAAUGCCGGUCUAGUGUGCAUUGGGUGCAGAAACUCCUUGAGUGCACAUUAAAAAGCCCAGGUGGUCAAAAUUAUUCUGGAGUCCCUGUGUGCCAUAAUAAAAUUGUAGUUUUGGCACAUAAAACCCUAGAAUAUCUUUUAGCAUCAAGGGAGGCCCCCUCCCCCUUGAUGCUAUGAUUAGGGAAUAAAAGUGAAACUGCAUCAGUGUAAUGCAGAUGCACCUCUCAGUUCCAAGAUGUUCACACGCAGGCUGAAAAAAAAAAAAAAAAUAGGUGUAUGAGAUAUUCUUAAUUUAAUUUUCCUUGUUCUGAACAAGGUUGUGCUGCCACAGUGUGUCGACAAUAGGUGGAUUCCAUUAGUCCAGUUAUAUUAGCAGCACUUUGCAGACAGACCAGCGAACCAAAUGCUGUCCCAACAUGCUUUUUUUUUCUUUAUUGGCGGCUUUGACAUACACAAACAAUACACAAAAAAAAACAUGCCCCUGUUUCAACAUCGUUCUGUUAACAGCAUAAAACGUGCGUGCUAAUGCGCAAUAAAGAAAAAAAAAGUUCACCCGCCUUUGGGAGGGCUCGAACCUCCAACCUUUCGGUUAACAGCCGAACGCGCUAGCCGAUUGCGCCACAAAGGCAGUCGGACUGUCGCGACUUAUAGCAUUUUAAUAUAUCAAUAACAUUCUUAAAAAUUCGUUUUUAUUAAUAUAGUUAUUUAGAUUAUUUUAGAUCAUGGAAGCAGAAAGCAAUUAAAGACGCAGCAGACGUAUAUUUGCUGAGCAAACUUCAGAAGCAUUUCGAGCCCGUUUAUGACAACAAUAGACACCUGUCGGCGCGUUUUCGAUACCGGCGGUGCAGCGCACAAUGAUGGCCGCCCCUUCGUGGCUGUUUGAGAAGAGGCACCUUAAAAAGCCACGAUUGGGACCUCCUGACGUUUACCCGCAGGAUCCGAAACAAAAAGAGGAUGAGCUCACCGCUAUAAACGUGAAACAGGGGUUCAUAACAAAUCCCCAGAUCAACGACGAGUAUGGUUCCGCCAGAAAUGCCAACAUCACGUCCGCAAAAUUCGGAGCCUUCUUCAGUGCCAUUCUUUCUAAGAAACAAGAACUUAAUACAAUUCAAGAUUCGUCCCGAAAGAAACAGCAGAUCAACACCAAAGAGCAUUUUUGGCCAGUUACAGCAAGGUCCAAGAAUGCAAUUGAGGCUUGGUUUCGUGAUCUUGCUGGAUCUAAACCACUUACCAACCUGGCGAAGAAGGUUCCCAUAUUCAACAAAAAGGAAGAAAUCUUCUUGACGCUGUUUGAGUUUUCAGUGCCUAUGCUUCGGGCUGCUUGGUUUAUCAAAAUGACCUCAGUUUAUCACGUUGCUAUUUCUGAAGCAAAAAUGAAGAAACGGCAACUACCAGACCCCUGUCAAGAGUGGACUGCGUCAUUGUGCAAAUUUCUGCGGGAGCUACUGCACAAGCUGGUGGAACAUAGCCAUCCGACAGGUCCACCCCCGCCUCCACCAGGAGGGGGUGGGACCACACCAGGUGGUCCUGGUAGUGGAGGUGGGGCAAGUCCUGGUCCUCCUGCAGCUACACCUGCUGCUCCCAGCAUUCCGCCUGACACCACCAUUGCCAAGCAGUGGCAUUACUGUACCAACCUGGCCUCGCACCUUUAUGAGGAAGGGCUUCUGGAUCAUCAGGACUUUCUCAACUGGAUUCUGGAGCUGGUUGAGAAGACCAAGAGUCCAGAUGAUCCCAUCUUGAAGCUUGUCAUGCCACUCACAUUACAGUAUGUGGGCGAGUUUUCUCGCUCUGAGCUGCUGUCACGGCGGCUGGCUCAUCACUGUUCCAAGAAGCUAAGUCAGCUGGUUGCUGACUACACAGUCAGCUCUCCAAGGAGCCAGAGUCCAGUCACAUUAACUGCCAAUUCAACAACGAAUGGCGGGAACACUGUGUCUCCAGUGCCAAAUCCUUCCUCCAUCAGUCCUCUGGCAGCAAGUUUCGCCGAAUGCCUCAGCUGUUCUCAUCAUCGUUCCAUUGUUCUCCAAUUAUCAGUAGUGCUACAGUAUAUCACACUGAAGUGUCCCACUGCUCUUGUGUGGAACAGCAUUGGUGAAGGCAAAGCGAAUCCCAUUCUGAAUGGCAGUCCCUUAGACCUGCUUCCAUGCCCACCAUCGUGUCUGCCCAUGCCACCAAGGCCUUUCAAUGCUCAGGUGCGGCAAGAACUGCGACGGGUGGAGCAGCAGGUGAUUCAGCGGGGGCGGGCCGCCGAGAUGCACUGGUCAUGUGACAAGUGGCAGCAAAUGGCCGCUGGCACUACCAUCACACGUGUGCUGGGAGUGCUGGAUGCCUUGGACAGGCAUAGCUUUGACCGAGUGGAUGCCACCAACUCGCUGGACACACUCUACUCCAAGGUUUUUGCUAAAAGUGGUGACCCGGUCCAGCCCUUGGCCACUGCACCUGGAGCCAGUCCUGGCCCUGGAGUCGGGGCUGGAGGGGGCGUGAGCAACACAGAAGGGGCGGGGCAACAGUUGUCUACACCUCCUCCGCAAGAUGAGCCCAUUGUGCGACUUCUGUGUGAGUGGGCUGUUACGACUAAGCGCAGUGGCGAGCACCGGGCACUUGUCGUAGCUCGCCUACUCGAGAAGCGCCAGAAUGAGCUCAACAUUGAGAAAUACAAUGACGCUGACCUGGUAGACGAGAAAGAUUCUCAGGACUCAGGAAUGGCGCCAACGGGUUUGCCUAUAUUCCAAAACCUGCUCGUCAAUUUCCUUGACAUGGAAGCCCCUGUCCUUGAUGACAAGCCAUCUCCUGAGAACCGGACGGCCUUUGCCAACCUUGUGCUACUGUUUGCCGAACUGAUACACUGUGACGUGUUCUCCCACGAUGCCUACAUGUGCACCUUGAUCUCGCGGGGCUACUUUGCCAGUCACCCACCCGGGGGUGCUGGGCUGCCGAGUGUCAUGGGAACGGGAACAGGCAGCAUUAGCGGUGCCCCGCGUGCUCCAUCGCCUGAACCAUCGCUCACGGGUUUCCUUGACCCCAACUUGGGUCCGUCACCCAGCCAUGGGAGUGCCAGCAAUCCUGGUAAUGCUAGUGGCAUGUCCAUGGGUCUUGGACUGGGAGACUUGGGCAUUGGAAGUCUGGGGGAGCCCUCUCGCCAGGCUGACUCGCUGCACAUGUUCGAGCCGGGUGCAGUGAAGCAUGAGGUUGGCUGGGGUGUUCAGAUGGACAUGGAUGAUGCCGGGCUAGAUGCUGACCUGGAUAACAUCUUGCAACGCAUCAAGGAAGGCCAGCAGAACAUGAGUGACCAGCCUGACUCUGUGGGCUCAGACAAGGAAGAAGGGGGCUCUCUGCAAGGCCCCACCACGCCCCUGGCCGAGACUGCAGGAGGUGGGGGAGCAGGGAUAGGUUGCCAGCCUGGUAGUGGGGCCUCGGGCGGUGGUGGGGCUCCAGUGAGUGGGGUGCGCAGUCCCAACUGGCCCCUGCGGCACCUGCAGUACACCACACACUUCCCUCUGCCACAAGAGGAAGGGGGCCUUUGGUCUCACGACUGCAACCAACGGCACAUUCUGCUCUACGGUGUGGGCAAGAUUCGCGAUGAGGCACGGCAUGCACUCAAGAAGGUCACCAAGGAACUACAGAAGCUGUUUGCGAAGAAGGCAUCCAUGGACAUUGCUGACGGGGGAAAGGUGAAGCGACAUGCUCGUGAAGGUUUCAACUUUGAGGCUGUCACAGCAAGGUUCCAGUCUCUCUCUUAUUUCGACCAGCACGUGGUUGCCCUGACAUGUGCUGCAUCAGUGGUGGAGAUGUUGGCUGGUUUUGCUGCAGGAUCCUCUAAUCACCUUCCCCUUGUGGACUACAUUGGCUUUCUCUUUGACCUUAUGGAGCUAUCCUUUAAUAUUCAUGGCUUGAUCGAGUUUGGCCUUCAGUUGCUGAAAGAGCUUGUUGAAGUUGAGAACCAGCUCAUGCAGAAGAACUCUGCUCUGAGUGGAACAUAUGCAACGUCUCUAGGCUUGUACAUUGUAGGCCUCUUUUAUAGGUACCAUUGCUGCCUGCUUGUGUGCCAGGAUUACACACUACAAGCGUGUGAAAGUUUGUGCAAGCUAGUGAAGAAUGUUGCCAACCCUGCAGAGUGCACCUCUGCAGAACGCUGCGUACUGUGCUACCUCCAUGACCUGUACUCUUCGUGUUCCUACCUCAAGUCCAAACAUUCCGAAAUUUUCGGCUCUUUCUACUCAAAAGUCAAGCAAACACUGUACGCCUCUCAAACACCGUCUUCUCUCAACCUGCUUUGGAACAGUUCGUACAUGAUUGAGUGUGUAAACAACCCCAGGAUUAGGGUUGAUCCCCAACAAAUCAAGCAACUGAGUGAAAAUUCUGCAUAUAGGUACAGCUUUGUUUGUAAUGCUGUUCAGAGCAUCUCUGUGGCACAAGAUGCAGACAGGCUGAAUGACAUAUCUCUCCUGUGUGCUGAACUUACUGCCAGCUGUGGUCUGCUUAGUGCUGAAUGGCUGGGUGUCCUCAAAGCUCUAUGCUGCUCGUCUAAUCAUGCAUGUGGCUUCAUUGAUGUCCUGACGCAAGUUGAUGUGGGGGACCUGUCCAUCCAUGACAACCUGGCAGUCUUCACAUGCAUCCUGGUGGCAAGGCGGUGCUUCUCCCUCCAGGAUUUCGUCGUGCAUGUGGCCAUACCCUCACUGCUCUCAGCUAGUCCUGUGGGUGGAGCCGCAGACCAGGAUGCAGAGUCUGGUGCCCGGCUGACAUGCCACUUACUGCUGCGCCUCUUUCGCACUGUGGACUCCAUGCCGCCUGCUGGGAGUGCCAUACCCCUUCCGCGACCUCUCUUUCUCAUUCGGUCUCCGUGCGAUCGGCAUCUCUUGUCAGCUGCUCACAGCAGCAUGCGUGUUGAGCCAGUUCUUGCAGUUCUCAAGGCCAUCUUGCUGCUUGGCGAUGCUAGCACACCAGCCUUGGAGGCCAAAGCAAAGCUGGACUCGAAUCAGGGCAAAGGGGAACCCAGCAUCAACGACCUUCUUGGCCCAAUAGAUGACACAGACUUUGACCUCAGCGUCCCUCCCAGCUUGGGCAGGCAUCCAAGCAGCGUGGGUGCUCCACGAGGCACAGGCAUUGAGAGUGCCGGCCUGAAUGAUUUUGCCAAAUAUGCUUUGGGCCAGAUCUGCAGCCAGCAGUGGAUUCAUGAACGCUGCCUCAGAGACCCUGAUGUACUGUGCUCACCGGACCUGCUGCUGGAUCCGAUGCUAUCACACAAACAGGCGGAGACAUUGCUGCACAUGAUCUGCCACCCCAAGGGCGGUAGCAGUGGCAGCACGAAUUCGUGGCUUUCGCCUGGUGCAACUAACAAUGGCGCUGACACAUUCGGUGCCAUUGUGGGGAACAGUGCCUGUGGAAGUAGCAGCAGCAGUUCGGGAAGUGGCGCCAAUGGUGGCUCAGCAGGUGGUGGCUCAAGCCCCCAUGAAAGAGAGCCGUGCGACCAGCGGCAGUUGGUGAGCCGGGUCCUGCUGGGCCUAGACCAAUGGAGCAUGCGGGUGUCGUGGCUAGAGCUGCAGUUGCGCUACAAGCAGUGUGCCAGCCCUGCUGAGGUCAACGCGUGGUUGGACAGUGUAGCCCGGGCCACCAUUGAUGUCUUUCAGUUGACCAGCGAGGAGUCGCCCCUGCCUUUGUCAGCCCGGUCUGCAGGGGCUGACCCAGCAUCACCAGUGCCGUUUUCUCGGCUCAGCGGCAAUGGCGGUGGCACCUAUGGAAGACAAGAAAAUGACCGCAUCUGGUUUGUGGCUCCGCUAAUAGCCAAGCUGCCUGCUGCAGUUCAGGGCAAGGUCUUGAGGGCUGCCGGACAAGUUUUGGAGAGUGGCAGCUGGGCUUGCAUUGCUUCCUCCUCUUCUUCUAAAAGCAAGGACAAAGACAAGCAGGUUCAGAGAAGCGCAUCCCUGCUGAGCCACCAGCCAUUUCUCUCGCUGGUGCUCAUGUGCCUCAAGGGCCAGGACGAGCAGCGGGAAGGCCUGCUCAACUCGCUCCAGUCGCAGCUCACACAGUGUGUGCACAUCUCCAAGGACGAGAAACCCAUAGCAGAGGACUUGAAGAGUCGUUUGCUAUUGCACGAGGCACUGCUUCUGAGGCUAAGCCUUGUGGGUGGAAUGUUCGACAUGAUUCAACGCAACACAAGCUUCACCACUGACUGGGCCCUGCUGCUUGUGCAGCUUAUCAGCCAUGGGGUCGUCGACCUGCACUGCAACUUUGAACUCUUCACUACUGUCCUUGACAUGUUGGCAGCACUCAUCCACACAACCCAGAAUGCUGACAGUGUGUCCGGAGAAGAGACACGCAAGCAGUAUCUCAACCUCGUAAAGAAGAUGAAGAAAGAGGUGUCGGACAUGGACACGGAAUCUAUGAAAAUGGUGCACCAGCUGUUGCCUCUCACCAAGCAGCAGUGUGAGGUGAUUGCCUGUGAGCCGAUGGGAAGCCUUAUUGACACCAAAGGAAACAAGAUCGCUGGUUUUGACUCUAUAGACAAGAAGCAGGGUCUUCAAGUGGCUGAAAAACAGUGUGUGAGUCCCUGGGACUUGCUGGAAGGUCAGCGAAAUCCAGCCCCAUUGUCGUGGAUGUGGUUCGGGGCAGUGCGCAUGGAACGCAAGCCUCGUCUGGAGGAGAUGCCUCGGGGCAGUCUUUUAUGGCACACACACUCGGCCCUGGCUAAACCGGCUUCCUAUUUCCUCGAACAGCCACCCCUGCCUCCUGAGGAACUUUUGGAGCCCCCUGCUCCCCUCCCGGCAGCUCCACCGACUGCUGGAGUGGGGGGGCCUCACCUAGGUCCUCCCCCACACUUGGUCCCACCCCCACACUUGGCCCCUCCCCACCACCUUGUGCCUCACCUGGCUCCACCUCACAUUGGCCAGCCUCCUGACAAGCAUCUGCAGAUGCAGCUGCUAGAAGACCCCAAGCGAGCACUGCAUGAAAUACACAGUGCACCCUCACCACGUGGAGGUGCCAAGAAACCCAAGGCCCAGAGGCGGCCUCGCAAAGCCAAGGGCCUUGCAGGGCAGGCCCCGCCGGUCCGGGGCUCCCUGGCCUACCCCCCUGAGCAGCAGCCCAUGUACCCCCAGGGACCGCCCCCGCCUCCCCAGCAGUGGUAUGGACAGCAGCCGCCGCCCAUGCAGCAGCAAUCGUACUAUGCGCCCCAGCAGCCCCUGCCCCCAGGAGGACCCCGCUUCGAGCGCCAGCUUUCCCAGUCCAAGGCUGCUCUCAGCUCUAUGCUGCGAGCCCGUCACCCUUCGGCACAGUUUCUUGGUGGGCCGCCCCAGGGGGCGCCUCAGGGUCCACAGGGGGCGCCUCCAGUCACCAUGCAAGGUCCGGUUGGUGGACCUGGAAGCAGCGGUGCACCGCCGUAUGCCCAGCCAAACAUGGACAUGCUGCAGAAGCAGCAGCAGCAGCGUCACCAAAUGAUGAUGCGCCAGCAACAGAUGCGCCCCCAAGGCAUGGCACCUCAACAAGUUGGCCAACAAGGCAUGUUCCACCCUGGCAUGCAGCAGGGAGCACAGGCACAAGCAGCUGGCAUGCAUCACCUGCCUCCACCAGAUUAUUUUCGAGCUGUGGGGGGCAUGAGCCAAAACUAUGGUGGGGGCUAUGGGGGUGGCGGGCCGCCUCCACAAGCCCUGAUGGAGCGCCGUGCGGCGGCUGGCGUCACUGGAGCCCAGCCUGGUCCUGGCAGUGGCAUGAUGGGCCCGGCCCCGCCAGGCUUUGGCCAGGGCUACAACCCAGGGGGGGCAGGGAACACCAUGGGAGGACCUCCUCAACAGUCUGGCAACAUGGGCAUGAUGAGUGCUGCUGCAGCAGGCAUGCAGAAUCCCGGGCCACAGCAGUACCUGGCCAACAGGCCACAAUAUGCCCUUGGUCAAGGAGGAGCCGGUGGCGGAGGAGGCCACCCUGGCGGCCCCAUGGUGGGUUCCACAGGGGCCGGCCACCUUGGGGGUCCCGGUGGAGGCGGCCCCGGCCCCCAGGGUGGGGCUGGGGCGCCCCCGGGGGGCCCGAUCCCGGGCGGGGGUGGCUACGGCGGGGGUGCGCCUGGUGCGACCCCAGCUAGUGCGGCUGGCCUGAUGGCCAGUUCCAUGCACCACCAGCAGUUCAUGGCCCUCAAGCAGCAGCAGCAGCAACAGCAACACCAGCCCCCGCCACCCCACCAGCAGCAACAGCAGCACCAGCAGACUGCAGCGCUCGUGGCCCAGCUGCAGCGGCAGCUCUCGGGCAGUGGCCAGGUACCACCCCAACAGCAACAACAGCCGCAGGGACCGCCACAGCAACAUUCGGCAUACCAGCACCAGGGUCCCUACUGAAGCUUACAGAUUCCCCCCACCAUUGCAAAUGGCAGCUUUCGUGUCAACAGCCUAAAAGAGGGACUAGACAGCUAUAAUACAGCGUCAAUCUGAGGCCAUUGCUGCCAUAUUGGUAGUCUUCAUGGCAGUAGCCGGGGUGUAAGCUAUGUUUGAACGCAGUAGCAGCAAAAGUGGUAUCACUCUGCCGGACAACAUGCAGGACCACACUGAGUUGCAGGUAACAUCUUACUACUGUUCAAAUGGCAGCCACAAUAGUAGCCUAUAUCGUAGCAGUGCCAUCAGAUUAAUGGUUAUAGUGAAAGCAAAUGCAUGCAAGCACAAUCAUGAAAUCAAAGGGCAUUCUAAUGCUGUCUUGUGGGAUGUCGAAAGCAUGACACGCGCUUGCGUACUGGUGCCACAGCUGCACCUAGCCAUAAGCCCCCCCUUCACAGAUUGUUGUGUGGCAGUGCACUUGUAGGAGGGGUUAUACAAACAACCUGACAAACAAACUUUAUUCAAACAUCACGGGAUGUUUAGGAGUGCAGACAAAAAGCCUUCAGCAGGCUUGACUGGGUCUGUGCCCCCUAUAAAUGGCAAACAGCGAGAAGAGUGCGGUCUAACUAAACAGGUUACAGAGUUGUAGUACAUAUGCAUUGACAGUAAACAUAGAAAAUAAUUAUGCUUGUCUAGCACAACAAUUAAGAUGGCCAUAUAGAAAAUAUGUAAGCAACAGCAAAUAUUAGUUUGAACAGAAUAUAUAAAAAACAAGAAUAAGCUUACUAAUUAAGUUAGAAAACCGAGGUAGUAGCUCUAGGAUAUACAAAUAUAUGGAUAAUAAGUAACGCAAAAAGAAAAAAAAAGAGUUUCUUGUCCAGAUUCAAAAUCGCAUGAACCGUAAAGUUUACGGAAUGUUGUGAGAGUCGCAAGUAUGCCCCUCCGAAACUUAUUUGUACAUUUGUACCAGUUAAUGACACUAGAAUGAGCAAUCUCAAUGCAGUUGCAUGCAGUUCUACGUGCCCUUUUUCGAGAAUCGUCUUGGAUCCUGUAGGUAUUGUCCAGUAGGGAUCAGUCCUGGCAAUUCUCCGAUGUCAUUGUGCACAGAUGAAAAGUGCCUGUCUGUUUGGCUGUGUCAGCCAUAAUAGCUGUACCAACUCUAUACUUGCAGCCUCUGUAUGAAAUCUCAGGGUCCCACUUAAGCCUCCCACUGGUUCUUGACAAGAGCCUUUGUCCCGAAGCAAGCUAAAGCCACAACUGUGCCUGUUGUCGCAAACUCAGUUGUACCAUCACACUUUUCAUACCAGCAUUUUGUGUUGACUUCUCAUGAAGAAUUUUGCCUCGCUGCUACUUGUGCGCACCACUUCUUCUGUUACUUUUGGAGUAAUGUCAAAAAAGUGUAGCUUGCUUUUACUCUGUCUUGGUUGCAUAACUAUGCUGCAUCCUAGGCACCUUUUGAUGUCACUGGAAAAGUUGUUGUGUUAUAAUUGAUACAAAGAAUUUGCUGAGAAUAGUUCUAUGCAGGGGAUUCUGCAUUCAUCUAAAUCUCUAUAGUGUGUGUGGAAAAACCCACCUGACAUUAACAGUUGACUGCUAUGCAAAGGCAUGAAGAUGGUAGAUUUAGACACAUAAACGGAUAUUAUUAAGGACAGACUUUUAUUGCCAUUGUUGAACACAGUUAAUGUCUAUUUAUGUUCUUCUAUUGCCCCUGUCAGUGUGCAUUUAUAGUUAAUCUUCAUUUAUGAACCAAACAGUCAGCAACAAAGUUUCCUGCUGACAAAUUUAGAAGGAAAUGAACUGCUGUAUUAGGUUCUUGUCACUGAAUGGUCAGGUGCAAGAACUUGCAACUGCUGUUAAAUGUGUGGCUUUAUUUGUCUCAUGUCGUCAACAUGUUUGUUAUGCAGCAUAACUACUGGACCAAGUGGAAAAGUUCGGCCUCCUUUAUAAGCACACGUGAAAAUAAAUGCACAAUGUGUGGCUGCUAAAAGGGCACUAAAGAGGAACAUAAAAUAAGUUUAGACUUGUAGAGUAGUCUUCUAGAACUAUUUAUUUGCAUCUGUUUGGCAGAAAGUGGUAAGUGAUAAGAGGUAAAGUGUUGCCAGGAAAAAUGAGUGCCAAACUUGUCCUUCUUAAAUUUCAUGCCUGAAGUAGCGGGUGUGGUAAACUAAUACAAAAAGGACAAGAAAGAGGAAGGAGAGGAAGAACCUUGGCCAUCAUAAGUGUCUCACAUCCCAGUGGACGGGUCAACCGUCUCACAUCCCAGUGGACAGGUCAACCGCGGGAAGGAUACAGGGUAAGAGAAUAGAUAAGGGAGCAAAGUUACAAUAAAAUAGACUCAAACAAAAUAGGAGGACAUACAUGAAAAGCGGACAUGAUUUUAAUUCUAAAACUACAGGGCACAAUGUGGCGCUGUGCCCUGUGUCAUUCGGCCACCCAGUGUUGUUAUGCACAAUGCCAGGCUCGUCUUUCUCAAUUCAGAAUUUUUUUAAUAUAAGCCCUAAUAAGUGGCACAGCUUGCUCGAAGUAGCCCAAUACAAGUAGAAUAUGUUGUCCAAAAGAUAUGUUCACGUACCAGCUUGUUUAAAUAACACAUUUUGCUUUUAUAUUUUUAUGCUUUUCAACCAUGCUUUGGGUGAGUGAAACGUUUCCAAAAAAAGUUUUUCAUAAACAACUCAUCACUGAUUCCAACGCUUCCUUGUGAUAGUGGUUUAGUUAUAUCUUUUGGGUUGCUCUUCUCAUUUAUAAUGGCAGUUAAAGAUAUGAGUUCUUCAGUCAAGGGCACCUGUAGGGUUGAUCGUGUGAAUGAUUCAUGAAUGUGGCAAUACAGUCGACUCUUCUUACAAUGGACCAUGAUAAUCUGGCUAAGUAUGUCCGUUUUAUUUGAAGUCCGUAAAACCCGAAAUGCCCUAGUUCCGAAACCUUGAUCGCGAUGUGUAACAACGUAAUUGUGAAGAGUGAGUGAUGAACAUCGAAAGUAAAACAAAGAAAAUAAAAAAGUCGUGCGAAAGGCAAAGCAGCGAUUGCAAUAGCAAAUUAGUAAACAGCUAUGCGAAGUAAGGAUAGUAGUUUUAUUGGCGCUAUAAAGUUGUAAACAUUCGCUUACUAACUAAAUUAACAAGCAAGGUGUCAAGCACGCGCAGGUAAGCAUGAACACAUCUCGCUCAAUAAAUGCUGAAAGUCGCUGUCAAAACAUUGGAGUGAGGAAUUGCAGCAGCAGCAGUGAUCGCAUUAACCGUUGUGCAUCUCACGCUUCAAUGCGAAUGAAACUUCAUAAGCAAAGUGCAUACGAAGCUACCGGCACUAUGUGCACUCUGCAAACAUUGCUGAUUGCUUUCAAGAUGCGGCACCCGUGCUGCCUCGCUGGAGUAGAACCCACCCCCCGUGCCUUGCACGUGCAUGAUAUUGAGCUGCGAUCGUCGGCUGACUCUCACAAGUCAGUUGCUAUCUAGCCCGUGUCAACUCAGCAAAAGUCCGUUUUAUACGGCCGAUUUUGACAAAAAUUGACACUAAUUUCGUCUGCUGUAGCCAAUAGUUCAUUGUAGUGUGGUCCGUUAAAAGCGAACUUCGUUGCAUUAAUAAAAUAGGUAGAGCAAACUAAGGUGGAAAUAUGUUCCGUUAUAUCUGAAACUCUGUUGUACGCAAAUCCAUUGUAACGUGCGUAGACUGUAUCUGUCAAGCUUCCAUCUUGGGGUGGAGGUUUAAAGCUUGAAAGUUGAUGUGACCAUAAAAAAGUUAGAAGUGACUGAAUAAUUGAUGUGCAACAUGAGCAAUUUAGUAGUAUCAAAUCCUCUUAUAAUAACUGGAACUUACAGCUUCACCAUAGCUCAUCUCACGUUAGUGUGAUGUUUCAGAUUUGAUGACGUUUCUGUCCAUUUUAAAAAAAUGUACAAAUUCUGGUAGUAUUCGCAUAUCCAACAUAGAAAAAGAAAAUGUAUUUCAAAUUCAGCAAAUGCCCACGCAACUGCCUACCUCUAAGCCCUGCAGCAUUGCUCUUUAUGUCACAGCAAACAAACUAAUCUGCCUGAUAUGGUUGGGUCACCCCGUAAAUUGUGAUGCAUUGAAUUUCUAGCUGGCAGCUGUGAAAUUCGUACCAGCGAUUGGUUUCGCCUGGCUGUGCUAACCAAGCACAGUCAAACCUCCAUAUAUCGAACACGGAUAUAUCUAAUUAUUGCAUAUAUAGAAAAUUGCAUGCAUUUUUAAUUCUUUAUUUCGAACGGGGUCGGACAUAAAAUGAAUAUAUCGAACUCUGCCACUCCACACCACAUGUGCUCUGUUGACAGGCAGCAAGCUUUCCCACAACAACCUCGAAGACAGCGGUGGUGUGACAAGCGUUCCCAACUGCUGCGCGCUGUAGCUGCUGCACAUAUUGAUUGCGCCGAGGGUGCCAUUUGAACGUAACGGCAUACGCACGCGGUGGCUUUGCUAGUUCAACAAUGCCGGUGACACAUCGCAUUUGCCGCACUGAUACCUCCUCGGUGCCACGCUCUGCGCCUGGUGCACCUUGCGAGGAAUGGCGGUUUGCUUCCAUAAAGACAUGCGACAGCACACGUUCACUGGGCUCACUCAUAGAUGUCAUGGCAGAUGCCACUUAAUACUUUGUUAUUGACAUUGUUUAAAUAUGCUUCGAUUGACGGAUAUGGAGAUCGCAGCGGAAGUAGCAGCCAAAUGAAUACGCUGCCUAGGUUGAUCCCUUAUACGCUGAUGUUGCCCCGCUCCCAACUUCAACUGAGGCUGGUUGGUUGGUUGAACGAUUGGUUCAUUGAUUGAUUUGUACAAGUCUUUUACGUGUCUUUUGCUUAAUUUAAUAUAUUGAAUUCUGGCUAUAUCGAACUAUUUCGUGAUCACCACGCUGUUUAAUAUAUCGAGGUUCGACUGUAUAUUCAUUCUGGUUCCUGAGAAACACUAAAUGGCUUCAAGAGUUUUCAUUCGCUACUUAUCAGUACGAAAACCAUCCUUUGGAUUUGAUGGGACUCUAAACAAGAACAUUAAGUUAAGCUGCAUUAGUAAAUUGUCUUUAGAAUACCUAAAAGGUUGCUGUUACCAUGAGGAGGAGACGCUUUGGAAGUUGGAAAAUAUGCAAAAGCAAAAGACUCGUAGCAGUGCCCUUUAUGAAGUUCCCACACCAGCUUCCAAUGACGUCAUGGAUUAUGACAGCAUCUCCUCCUGUAUUGUUCAUUGUUUAUUGAUAGAGAAAAAAUACAUGGCAUUCUGAAUGAGCCAAAUACAUAAUCAUUGAAACUCUUUAUAACUUUUUCGGUUAUUAAACAGUGCAAUUGCUAGAACAUAAAUUGCAACUUGUGACGUAAUCAGAAUCUUUUCAUUGAAGGAAUGAAAAUAAAGCUUUAAAGGAAUAGUUAACCAGUAUGUCCCUCUAAGUGAAGAGGCAAACAGUGGCACAAGCAAAAUGAGCACCUCACGAAUAGCGGGAUCAUGCAUUGGGCUUGCCUAAUUUAUUCAUGGAGUGUUUAAGAUGAGCACUUCUACGGCAUGCAAAGGGAAAUUAUGGCGGGCCCCAAACAAUUGAAUGUUGAGUUACCAAUGCUACUCUAGAACUUUUGUUUUGCUAAGUCAGCCAUAAUAUCAAUAAAAACUUACGUAAAUAAUUUUGCUAGUUAGCUAAUUUGGCUAUGUGCAGAGGAUACUGAUAGCUUCUCCAGAUGGCUCUUAGCAAUGCACACUUGAUUUCACCCCCACAAGGAAGGCUUCAAAACAAUGUUGUUUUUAAAGUUUAAGCUUUGUGCACACUCGCCAGAACACUUUGUAUGUGCAGGAGUGUUCUAAACUAGGCUGGUUGAUACAUCAUUAGGACGGGAACAAACAGCGCUUAAAAUGGGACAAUGAGAGCACGACAAACAAGGCACCUUGUCUCUUGUUCUCUCACCAUUCUGUCUUGAGCACUGUUCGUUCUAGACCCUGUAUAUGUUUUGAAGAUGCAUCAAUUGUGCUGUUAAUACACAUGGCUUAAACAUGUCUAACAUAUAUUUCAAGUACAUUGAUGCAGUAUAUGCUGUAUAUUGAAAAUGACAUUUUUCAGAUCUAUCUGUGUGCAGCUUGAAUAGUGCACAUCCAUCUGAUAUCUAUAACAACAUGAAGUGUUCAGCAAACAAGAGUGUGAUUAGUGGUUCACCUCGUGAAGGUGUUCCUCGUGCAGUCAUGCGCAAUGUGGACCAAUAUGAAAAGAAAUGCCUGAUUUGCAUAUAGGAUCAAUAAUUGCUCCUGCUAUUUGUUGGAGACUAAAAAACACUGCACUGGUUAUUCUUCAACACAAUAGUGAUGUAACGCAUAUCUGCAGUGAUGCGCAUUUUCUUAUCGCAUAUCUGCGGGUGAGGUUUAAGCCCAUAUCAAAUGUUAUGAAAAUUAAGAGCGUUGGGUGUACAUGACUUCCUGCAAAGCUGCCGGCUUGCCCGCACUCCAAAUUCACAGAUUUGCCAUUUCAUGGAGCAGACAGUCUAAUAGAUAUGGGGGCGUUUCCUGCCUUUUGUAUUCAUAAUAAAUCAGUAGCAUGUGUCAUCUGUGGCAAUUCCAGGCAAAAAUGUCGCAAUUCUACUGCAGCAGAACACUGGCGCCAUCUGUGAUUGUCAGUCAGAAUCAGUUUAACAAGAAUAUUCAUGUGUAGCUGGCGCUCUUAUUUACAACACGUUUGGUACAUCUCCAGUAAUCAUUGCUUGAAUACCAACUACAGUAAAUUGUCAUUGAUACGUAGUUGGAUAGAAAUGUAUAUCAUGUACACACUAAGUGAUGUAUUAAUUAAUGACUGAUGAGAGACUGUAGACUUACUGGCCAGAAAAAAAAAAAACUUCUUAAUUCUCAUUCAAAUAAACACACAGAAAAAUGUUUUUUCUUUUUUUUUUUUGUUCCAUUUUUCUCUUUUCUUUCUUUCUUUUUUUUAUUGCGAGCAGGCAGCAAAAAAAUUGUGAUUUUUACUUGCCACCAUGGUCGCCUUGCAGCGAUGAAGGCAUCCUCAAACUCGGCAAGGCCACGAGCCAGUUUUUCCAUCAGGCCCCAAUUCUCUGCGAAAGCACUCAUGAUGGUCAACACAAGCGGUGCGUCGGAUACAGCAGAACCAUCAUCCACUUCCACCUUGUCGUAGGUGCCGCAUAAACACCUGAAGCUAUGCGAGCAGGAAACACGUCUUGGCCACAAUGUUGUGACAUCACUAUCAGUGGUGACUGCAGUCCGUGAAAGGUCCAUACGCUGCAAUUUAUGGCCUGUGCGCACGACAUUUUGCCGAUUCUGUACUUGUAUACGCCGAAAAAUUACAUAAAUGCUAUACAUUAACCGUUUUGCAUGUGCUAAGUGGCUACGGCUUAAGCGGUCAGCCAACACAUUAGGUUCAAUGGCGACAGGGUGGGGCAUUCAUCGCGACUAUAUUUAAACCAGAAUUACUUACUAGGCAGGUACAUAUUAACAAGGUUUUACUGUAGGAGUUUUUUCUCACAUUGGAUGCCCCUAUUAUUUUGAAUGCUAGACACAGCACUCACCUGGAGUGUUUUGAUACAGUGUGUACAUGAGUGAGGAUGACUGUUUGAGGUCUUCUGAGCAGCUGAAGCGAAGAAAACUAGGGACACAUGUUUCUAUGUAGUUGACUGGAUGAGUUAUUUUUUCCUCACUACAGUUGUGUGCAGCAGUUGGCAAGUUCAGGCAGAUGAGUGUCUGCUGUUAUAGCAGCAGACGGUUGUCACUGCUUUAGCCCUUGUAGGAUUGCAGUACAUAUGAAAAAAAAAUUUUACAGCUGCAAAUCUGAUGUCAUUAGGCUGCAUUGUACUUAUGCGAACCUAUCUACACAAUUAUAUUUCCUUUCUGAUAAAAAGAGAAAGUAUGGUGCUUAUGGGCUUCAACCACCACUGGCAAGCAGGGCUUUUUAUUUAUGGCUGUUUGAACAGAUUCUUUUCCUACGGAAACCUUCUUUAGCAGCUGUGAGGAAUUACUUUUCUUUAUUAUAUUGCUGUAGCUUUGUCAUUGUCAGAAAGAAGCAAGUAAUGAACUCUCUCUGUUUGGACUAUUUUGGACUAUGGGAGGAGAACAUUUUCUUUUUCUCAGAAUGCCAUGGCAUUUUAUUACAUGAAGUGGAAAAUAAAGGGCUGCGUGGAAAAAUUGACACAAAUAUUUACAUUGAUCAAUAGGUACCACUUUAUUGAAAGAAAAGCAAUUUGUAUAUUGCUGAUUAGACUUUUCUUAUGUAAACAGAGUACCAAAGUUGCAUUGUCAUCUUCAGAUAAGUGAACAGCUGUUCAUUUGAACAGCCCUGUACCAUGUCCACUAUUACGUAAAGCUUUUUCUCAGUUUUGGGGUGGUCACGACUGUAGCCGUUACCAUCCAUCCACCUUCAAUGAAACCAUUGGACUUUGCUUGUAGUGUGUUUACAAUGUUGGGGUCAUGUGGACUGGUUGAACUUGUUCUGCUUCAUUUAAACAUUUUCUGUUUAGCACAAUUUAUGUUGGGUACUCUUGAUAGGGCCUUGCACAUUGCCUUGAUUGUUUGUCAUGUGUUAAUGGCGCUGGUUUCUGUUCAGAUUGUGGUUGUGCAGCAAGAUAUUUAGAUUAUAUUUGGGCAUUGAGUGCACCUGAUCUGUACCGGCUGCGAGUCUUACCGAAGGGCUUUUCUUACACUUUCCAUGAUACACAUUGCUAGACACUUGGACAGAAAAUGAGAACACUGUGGUUAAUCCAAUGUGUUAUCAGCAGUGGGCUUAUGUAUGUAUGUGUCCAUCUUUGUUUACCUAUGCUUCCCCAGCAUUGUACGUGCAACUGCAUUUUAUGCAGUUCCUGCUUUACUGUAUGAUUUUCUUGACAUAAGUUUCUGUAUAUACACACAUAUAUACUUUUCAUAUUUCAUAUACCAUAUGAAACUGGGCCUUUUAUGCCUUGCAUUUUCUCUCGAUAUAUCCGCGAGGGAUUGUUUUUACUAUUAUUAUUUUUUGUAGGUGGUUAUACAGGGCCUGCACAUGGUUUUAACUUGUGCUGUGACUGUAGUAUUUUCUUAUUUAUUUUUGUAGGUCUGAUUUUUUAUGCCUCGCUGCUGUCACUGUAGAAUGUGGUUCUGUACAUGACUGUUUGCUUAGACAAACUUUUGUGGGGAUGUUUAAUCCUGUUUUAAGAGUCUUUACUGUUAAAUUAUUUGUUGUCACAAGAGACUGUACAUAACGUUAAAAAGAAAGUCUGAACAAUAAACUGGUAUGUGCAUAGAAAUCGAGUCUUGAAGCUUUGAAUAAAUAAUGUGCGCAUUUUAA